AGCUCGAAGCCGACGAACGUGAAUCUUUCUACGAGUGGUUUCCCUUCGGUCUGAUUCAUCGCGUCACUUCGAUUUGCUCGCCAUCAUCAGUUUAGUCUUGAACUGCACGCCACGCGGAUUGCUUUAUCGACACCGUGUCCCGUGGUCCCUCGUCGCGUCGCUGUUCUUAUCGCGGAGAUGUGCAUCAUCAACUUUCUACUGAUCAUCCUCUCCCAAUUGUGCACCAGUACCUUCGAGUUCACGGUCGGGGCCGCAGUCGACGAGCUUGCUGAAGGCAGCCAGUGUGUGCUGGAGGAUGGUAAGCAAGGAACGUGCAGGAAGCUACCCGAGUGCCCGCCCAGAGUGCUGGAGGCGCACGAGGGCAGAAGGGAUUCCGAAUCCUCGGGGAGAUGCGGAUUCGAGGGCUUGAUAGAAAUCGUUUGUUGUCCCGUGAACAUCACCCAAAAGAUGGCCCAACGACAGGCCGACACCGCUUGCCAACAGUAUGACGAGGAAAUAACGAUAUACAAUAGGAAACAAGAAGAUCUGAAUUUUCAUAUAUUCGGUGGAAUCGAGGCAAAGACUGGCGAAUUUCCAUUCAUGGUCGCUUUAGGAUACGAAAACGACUCCGACGACGAGGACGCGCCUCCCAUUAGAUACGGUUGCGGAGGUAGUUUGAUAUCCUUUCAACACGUGUUAACAGCAGCACAUUGUGUAAAUAACAUAAACGAAAAAGUUCCCAUCGAAGUACGAUUGGGCAGCGAGCAUAUAAACAGCACCGCGGCGAAUGUACAACGCAUCCCGAUCAGCGAUAUAAUUUCCCAUCCGCUGUACAAACGUAGCACAAAUUACAACGACGUGGCUAUUCUUAAACUGAAAACAAAAGUGCAGCUCUCGACCGCGGUUAAACCUAUCUGCCUCCAAACCAGAUCCUUGAAUACUAUGAGUAUAACACCGAAAACAGCAUUAAUUGUGAUCGGAUGGGGGGACACAAGUUUCGACACCGAAGGCUCCAACUCGCUGAUGAAAACGCCCAGUCUCAGUCUUGUGGAUAGAAAAGAAUGUUCCGAGUCCUACAAUGGAUUCCUCAAGCUGCCCCAGGGUAUCGACGAGAACAUGAUUUGCGCGAUAGACAAGAACAGCACCAGGAGAUCGGACGCUUGUCAAGGAGACAGCGGUGGUCCGUUAUUAAUGUUGACGGAAAACGGUGACACUGUUAUCGGUAUCACAGCUUUCGGUCAAAGUUGCGGCAGUUCGAUUCCGGGCGUUUAUAUGGCGGUAUAUUCGUACUUGGAUUGGAUCGAGGAACACGUGUGGCCGGACAACCAAAGAGAGACAGAUACGAACAAAUUUAGUGCGUCUUUCAGCGUGUCGAUAAGAAAAACUAUUGUGUAAAUAUAAUACGAUAUGCAAUGUUGUUCCCAUGAAUAGCCCCACCUAUUUUAAAAAUAUAUUAUUUGUAAU